AUGGAUCAAGAGUACGACGCCAUCAUCUUGGGCACCGGCCUGAAGGAGUGCCUCGUCGCCGGCUUGCUCGCGAGCGUCGAAGGCUACAAGAUCCUGCACGUGGACCGAAACGAUUACUACGGUGGGGAAAGCGCGAGUUUAAAUUUGACGCAGCUGCACGAGAAGUUCGCACCCGAGAAGGCGCAAGACAAAGCGGCGCUGACGGCCAAGUACGGACGAUGGCAAGACUACAACAUCGAUUUGGUCCCCAAAUUCAUGAUGGGAAACGGAUUGCUCGUGCGCGUGCUCGUCCGCACCGGCGUGCACAACUACUUGCAAUUUCGCGCCGCCGAAGGGUCGUACGUGCAAGGAAAGGGUGGAAAGAUUCAUAAAGUGCCGUCGAACGAUAAGGAAGCGCUGCGGAGCUCGCUGAUGGGAAUGUUUGAAAAGUUGCGAGCGCGCAGCUUUUUCAUCUUUGUGCAAAAUUUCGUCGAGACGGACCCGAGCACGCACGGCGGAUACAACUUACAGCGCAUGCCGGCGAGAGAUUUGUACGAAAAGUUUGGUUUAGCCGCGGAAACGGUGGAGUUCAUCGGUCACGCGUUGGCGUUGAAGACGAACGAACGCUAUUUGGACGAGCCCGCCGUCGACCUCGUCAAGGCGGUGAGACUUUACUCCGAUUCUAUGGCGCGAUUCGACACCGGUUCGCCGUACAUUUAUCCGCUUUACGGCCUAGGAGAACUCCCGCAAGGAUUUGCACGUCUCAGUGCGGUGCACGGGGGGACGUACAUGCUGGCGAAAUCCGACGUCGAGGUCGUGUACGACGAGGAAACCGGUCGCGCGUGCGGCGCGAAAUCCGAGGGCGAAACCGCCAAAGCAAAGUUCGUCGUCGGUGACGCGAGCUACUUUCCAGGGAAGACUCAAAAGGUCGGUCAAGUCGUUCGAGCGUUGUGCUUGCUGAGCCAUCCGAUUCCGAAUGUGAACGACGCGGAGAGCGUACAAAUUAUCAUUCCAGCGGCGCAGUGCGGCCGCCGCCACGACGUCUACGUGCUCGGCACGAGCUCGGCGCACAACGUUUGCGCAAAGGGACGCUACUUCGCGUCGGUGAGUACGACUGUUGAAACGAACGAUCCUCAUCGCGAACUCGAGGCUGGUCUUCGCAUGCUCGGUCCGAUCGACGAGCUCUUUUACAACGUCACCGACGUGCACGCGCCUCUCGCGGAUGGAACUGCCGACGGCGCGUUCAUCUCCACGGGUUACGAUGCCACGACGCACUUCGAGACGACGGUUCGGGAUGUCGUCGAUAUUUAUCGACGAAUCACGGGCAAAGAAUUAGACUUGUCCAAGGACGACGCGGCCGCGGCGAACACUUCGGGCUGA